AUGUAUCUGGAAUCAUUACUAGAUGUCUCCUGGUACACUGCUGACUCCAAAAAGCCAUAUUUGAUAAAGGCUGGAGCAACAGUCAAAAACGGCUACUCAAUAUUGAUAACUGACCUAGAAAGCACCUACUUUUGUGCAGAAACAGAGGAUUAUCACUAAUUAAUUUCCUUGAUUCAUGAUGCUUUCAGUAAAUAUGACAGCAACUCUACUUAUCACUUCAACAAAGUGAGUAGAGAUCAGAUUUAUUUUAAACUUUAAAAGCAAAUGGAAAUAUACCCGUUUAAAUGGGAAUUUUACUGCAUCUAAAUACCUCACGAUGAUCAUGUCAGCAUCAUUAAGAAUUUCUUAGUAGCUCCUUUGAUCUCAACUGUGAAUACACUUGAACAAUAAUACAAGGAUAAACUUAUGACUGAAAAAGAGAAACUUAAGUUUCAAUGCUUUGAAAAUGAUCAUACCAUUUGGAAUAAAUCUAUCAGUGUGGAUGAGACUCUUUACUCAGACUUCCCCUAAUUCAAAUAAGAGAAAAGUAUACAGCAGAUCUUCAGCACUCUUCAGAACUCAAGAUUCAAAAGUAAAUAAUCUAUGAAUAAUUUAAUAGACCUCUACGGUUAGAAUAAGAAAAGAGAAUAUGAGGAUUUGAACUCUAAGUAAAAACUGAAGCAUUUAAGACUGGAUGAUGAUGAAGAUAUGAAGAAGCCAAAACUCAAGAAAGAUAAAGUUCAUCCUAGACCUCUAUUAAAUGAUUUAGAUGAAGGUGAUGAAACUGACCCAGAAGAGGUAAAGAGAAGGUAAGAGAUCGAGAGAAAGCUAUAGAAAAAGCACUAAGAAGAUAGCUAAAUAGCUCAGUUAUCUUAAUAAGAUAUAAAGAAAAAAAAGCCAAAGAAAAACCUCAAAUUUAUAUGA